UCCAAAGCGGCCUAAAGUAUCCAAGUGGCCCGAUAAUGGCGAUAUGUGUUUCCGUUCAUGAAUCCUUCCAUCUCACGUUUUCGAGCCACGCCUCUCUCUCUCUCUCUCUCUCUCUCUCUCUCUCUCAACCCUAUGGCAUCCAAUGACGUCCACAGCCACCGCGACGAAGAGAACGGCGGCGCCACCUGUAUUGCGACUACCGAUACUCAAAACAGCUCUAAUCACCGGUCCGAUUGCAAAAAAUAUGAGAUAAUCGACAUCGAUAUCCGCUCCGAGUUCUCUCAUCACGACCGUGACGUCGCCCGUAUUAACAACGGUAGCUUCGGUUCUUGCCCUUCAUCCGUCAUCGAAUCCCAACAAUGUUAUCAGCUGCGUUUCCUUCAACAACCCGACGACUUCUACUUCAAUCACCUCAAACCCUCCAUCCUCCGCUCCCGCCAAGCAAUCAAAACCCUCAUCAAAGCCGAUCAUGUCGAUGAGAUCUCAAUCAUCGAUAACGCCACCACAGCCGCCGCCAUCGUACUCCAGCACGUCAAGUGGUCCUUCUUUGAGUCGAAAUUCAACCCUGGCGACACUGCCGUCAUGCUCCACUAUGCCUACGGUGCCGUCAAGAAGUCCGUCGAGGCUUACGUCACGCGGGCAGGUGGCCAUGUAAUCGAGGUUAAGAUGCCCUUUCCCAUAGCUUCAAAUGAUGAAAUAAUUACAGCAUUUAGAAAUGCUUUAGAAUUGGGGAAAUCUGAUAAUCGUAAAGUUAGAUUGGCUGUCAUUGAUCACAUCACUUCCAUGCCCACUGUUGUAAUUCCCGUAAAAGAAUUGGUAAAGAUGUGCAGAGAAGAAGGCGUUGACCACAUUUUUGUUGAUGCUGCUCAUGCCAUUGGGUCGAUUGAGGUCGAUGUGAAAGAAAUUGGGGCUGAUUUUUACACUAGCAAUUUGCACAAAUGGUUAUUUUGUCCACCUUCUAUUGCAUUUUUGCACUGUAGGAAUCCAGAGGUAGCGAAUUUGCACCAUCCUGUGGUAUCUCAUGAAUAUGGAAAUGGCCUAGCUAUUGAGAGUUCAUGGAUCGGCACGAGGGACUACAGCGCACAACUAGUCGUACCCGAAGCUUUAGAGUUUGUAAAUAGGUUUGAGGGUGGGCUUGAUGGAAUAAUAAAGUGGAAUCACCAAAAGGUUGUGGAAAUGGCUGAAAUGUUGGUGAAAGCUUGGGGCACUAAUCUUGGGUCACCUCCAGAGAUGUGUUCGAGUAUGGCAAUGGUUGGCUUGCCACCUUCUUUGGAGAUUACGAGCGAUUCUGAUGCAUUAAAGUUGAGGUCCCAUUUGAGGGAUUGCUUUAGAGUUGAAGUCCCCAUAUAUUAUAGGCAACCUAAGGAUGGGGAGGUGAAUCCAGUAACAGGGUAUGCUAGAAUUUCUCAUCAAAUUUACAACACCUUUGAUGAUUACUACAGAUUCCGGGAUGCUGUGAGCAAUCUUGUGAAUUGUAGGUUCACAUGUAAGCUUUUCCAAGAUUGAAAGAGAUUCUAAUGGAGAUCCGACUCCGACAGAGGAUUGGAUUGGUUUGGUUUGGUUUGGU